AUGUUUACAAAACCUUUUAGCGCUUUGGAUGCUCUAUCCUUAGCUGCUACUACUAUGACAGACAGAAAUACAAAAUCUACUACUUCAACUUCAUCAAAUUCAUCAAAUUCAUCAAAUUCAUCAAAUUCAUCAAAUUCAUCAAAUUCAUCUUCUUCUACAAAUAAUAUCUCUAUUAAAGAAGAACAUAAACAACAGCAAAAACUUCAUCAAAAUGGAUCAGUUUCACCAGUACCAAAUAUCUCUUCUUCUUCUUCUUCUUCUUCAACUAUACAAAAUGUAACAGUACCUUCUACUACUACUACUACUACUACUACUACAACCACUACUAAUUCAUCAACUUCAACCUCCUCUUCAAAUAGACUAUCAGGUUCUCCAGGAAUUCCUUCAAAUUCUACAAAUCCUUCUCCUUCUUCUCCACACUCACCUAAACAACCCCAGCAAAAUAAUUUAGACCUUCUUUCAGAUUGCUCUAAAAAAAGAGCUUCUGCAGAUGAAGCUGCCUCUGAAACUCCAAAGAAAUUUAAAAAGGAAGAUGAUGAUCAUGAUAUUAUUAAUAAUAACAAUAUUAACAAUAUUAACAAUGAAGAAGAAGAAGAAGAAGAAGAAGAAGAAAAUAAUAAUAAUACUAUUAUUAAUAAUAAUACUAUUAUUAAUAAUAAUAAUGAUAAUACUGGUGAUGAUGAUGAAGACAAUAAAAACCAUCAAAAUAUCCUCAUCUCUUCUUCUCACUCACAGAAUAAUUAUCAAAAUUCUUCAAUCCAUCCAACAUUGGCUGCUUUACCUGCAGAUUCAGCAAUCUAUUCAACUCCAGAAAGAACUACUUCCUCUUCCUCUUCUUCUUCUUCUUCACAACCUUUAGAUGCUUUGCGUCAAAAAUCUCCAGACCUUAAAAUGAGUAUCGCUUCAAUCACUUCUCCAGCUUCUUCUGCUGCUGCCGCGGCCGCGGCCGCCGCUGCUGCCGCUGCUGCUGCUGCUGUUCUACAAGAUUCAAAUUCUCUUCCUCCAGUUUCCUCUCUUACAAACGUUCCAAGAUCUUCUUCUUCUUCUUCUUCCUCCUCCUCUUCUUCUACAUCUUAUCUUGACCAACAACAACAGCAACAAGACUCUCGUCUACUUCCACCUCCAUCAUCAUCUUUACAAGGACCUCCAUUAAUGAUCUCAGAUGUUGGUUCUUCAACUUCUUCAACAGGAUCCCUAACCCCUCCUGUGAUUGUUGAUCCUUCUUCUUCAAAAGUCACCUCUACAGAUUACCGCAAAAGACUUGAAUUCCCAAGUCCUCAAGCCAUUGCUGCUCACCAUCUUCGCCAUCCUCAACCUCCUCCACACCCCUUGGGUCCUCCACCUCCUCUAUCAAACUCAAACCCAGCUGCACGCAAAAAACGGCAGUGUUCGGAAUGUCUGGGUUGGUUUUCUAACCUAGCCACCCACCGUUCAAUCCACAUGGCUGAGUACUCGCGUCCUCACACGUGCGACGUGUGUAAGCGCGGCUUUGCACGCCCAAACGAUCUCUACCGCCACCAAAAGUCCCACCGCGGAGAUGCUCCCUUCCGUUGCCCCCUCUAUAUGGGCGGACCUAUGGCAUCUGCAGACUUGGGAGCAAUGGACCCGCCGUGCCAUCAAAAUGGAGGGUUUUCUCGUUGUGAUACUUAUAAGAACCAUUUAAAGGCUAUGCAUUUCGAGUACCCGGCUGGUACAAAAAAGAAACAACGCAAUGGCACUUCUGGUAAAUGUAAAGCCUGUGGUAUGUUUUUCAACUCUAGUGAUGAAUGGAUUUCAAGACAUAUUGAAUCUGGAGAUUGUGCUGUUAUCAAGUGGAUCAAAGAAGUUAGUGGAUCUUCUGCUAAUGGCCCAUCUCCAAACUCGGCAGUUAAUGUGGUGGUUGCAGCUGCUAGUAAUGGUAAUAUGGGAGGUGCCAAUGAUUCGGCUGUAAAUGCCCUUGCUGGUGGCCAAACUUCGGCAUAUUCUCAGCAGCAGCAGCAGCAGCAGCAGCAUCAACAUCAACAUCAUCAACAUCAGCAACUUAAUCAGCAUCAGCAACACCAGCAGCAUCAGCAGCAUCAGCAGCAUCAGCAGCAUCAGCCGUCCCAUCUGUUACAUCACCACCAUCAACUCUCACAUUAUCCUCCUUUGGGUCAUCCAAUGUCGGUUCCUGGAACUUAUGGAGGUUACCAUGGCUCCCACCUGGCGGCACAACAAUCGGCCCAAGCAGCCGCCGCUGCUGCCGCCGCCGCCGCCGCUGCUGCUGCUGCUGCCUACCACCAAGGAUAUUCUCACCAACAACACCAACAACACCAACAACACCAACAACACCAACAACACCAACAACACCAACAACACCAACAACACCAACAACACCAACAGCAACAACAACAUCAACAACAUCAACAUCAGCAUCAACAACAGUCCAAUGGACUUGUGCCAUAUAGCCAAAUACAUUUGGGUUACCCUGGAGCUACUUCUUCGUCUUCUACUUCACCUUCUCCUUCUUCUGCUUCUGCUUCUGCCUCUGCCUCUGCCUCUGCACCUACAUCUUCAGGUGCAUCUGCAUCUAUUUCUGCACCUGCAUCCGCGUCUACUACUUCACAGUCGAGUGCAAAUGGAGCAAGUUCCAGUAUUGGUAAUGGUCAGCAGAAUAAACAAACUUCUUCAUCAACAUUAACAUCUACUUCUUCUUCUCCUACUUCUUCUUCUUCCAAUUCCAAUUCUAAUUCCAAUUCUAAUUCUAAUUCUAAUUCUUCAGCACAGUAUGGAGGGUAUGGAUCGUCAUCGUCAUCGUCAUCGUCAUCGUCGUCGUCGUCGUCAACAACACAAUAUGGAUCAGGGACAUUGGCAACAUCUACGAGUAAUGGAAAUGGAAAUGGAAAUGGAAAUGGAAAUGGAAAUGGAAAUGGAAAUGGAAAUGGAGCAGCAGCAGAAUCAGGAUCAGGAUCAGGAUCAGGAGUAGGAUCAGGAGCAGGGUCUUCUGCAGGAGUGCCGGAACUUGCACGGCCUGUAUCUUUGAUGGGAUUACGACAGGAUUAA